AUGUUCUCCACUAAAAAGGAUAUUGACCGACACGUAAAAACAUCGCUUAACAAGCUGCCGGAAAAUGAGCGCUACCUCCGGGGGUUGGCUAUUGCAAGGCAGUACUUCAAGCUGAACGAAUACGCUAGUGCGGAGCAUUGGCUUUCUUGUUACCUAUCGGUUCAGGAAGACAGCGCUCCGGCUCACAAACUUCUUGGACAAUGCUACGAAAAACAGCAAAAAUUCGAUCGAGCCAUCACGUCUUACCAACGAUCGCUCCAGCUCGAUUCAAAGCAAACGGGGCUGAUAACGGAUGUGUGCAAGCUUUUGCUAAUGGACGACAAUCUCACCAAGCAUUUGUCGAAGGCAAAGCACUGGUGUGACUUGGCAGAAUCAGAGCGCAUCAACCAUGAGGCGGUGCUUAAUUUGAAGUUGAAGGUAGCGAACAAAGGCACCACCACUGACAACAAAUUAGUAAAGGACAUCAUACUGAAGGAAAUUCUCGCGAGACCGCUAGAUCCGGCGUUACGCGUCCGAUUGGUGGAUCUCUUUUUAGAAGAAAAAAAAUUAGAUGAAGCUUUCAAGUACUGCUUCGAACUGGAGAUGAAAUUUUGCGAACCAUUCAUGCAAUCCAUCGAGUGGACCAAUGCGAUUGCAAAUAUGCUAGCCACUUAUACAAAAUCGCCGGGAGGUGGGCAACAAAAAAACUGGAACUACUACUUGUUGCAGGCGAUCGUGCUCGAUCGGCAGAUUUAUUUGAAUUUGUUGGUUGACUCCACGAUGGAAGCUAUGCGACGCAGCAAUCUGAAGGAAAUAGCGUUUAAACUGUUAAAGCUGGACGAAACGUUACGUGAAGUUUCUGAGAGAGGUUUAAAUGCGGCUCCACAGAAACAAAUGGCUGAUUCGUAUCUUCAGCACUAUAGAGGACAGCUUCUGCUACACUCUGCGGCUCUGUUGUUCAAAAGCGCCCAAGAACAGUCAGGUGCUGGACGUUCUCGCGAAAAUAACAAAAAGUGCUACGCAUUGCUGCUCCUAGCAUACCAGUGCGGUGUUCCGGAUCCGGAUGGGCAGUGGUUGAAACAGGGCAGCGAAAUGGCCCGUCAGUUGCUAGCGUUCUGGCACAAACAGGCCGCGUUUCGGUGUUGUCAAGCCGGUAGCACGCUCCUGUCUUGUGUUGAAGAAGGUGUGGAUACAUCGCAGGUACUGGUUCAAAUUCAAAGUGUCACCGAGACGAAGGUUUGGACUACGGCGGAUGAUCUGAUUAAUCAGAUUCGGCAGCUAUGUUCCGACCCUGAAUGGCGUCAGAAUGUAGCCCGCUCGUUAUAUCCUGCUCGAGACAUUUCUUCGAAGGCAGUUGGCAAUUCGUACUUCGUGCAUGAAAGUGCCGCAUUUCAAAAGCCGAAAUAUGUGCUUCCAACGCGAGAGCAACUUGAACCGUAUCUUGAACUGGCACAGUCACUCUAUCCUUCCUCGUUGCCUCACCUCGUAUACCUGGGACUCGCGUUGGGCAUCGAAAAUCUAGCAACUUUUCGUUGCAAAGCUUUUCCGCGGCUGAACUUUUCUACCAACAAUCUGAACAAUUGUAAUUUAGAAACGUUGAACCAACUCGAUAUGGACUCGUUUUUGUAUUGUUCAAUUGUGGUGGCCAAGAGUAAUAUGGAUCACGACCGCCAAAUAAGCAUGCAGCAACAAGGACGCCCCGCUUUUCUACCGGCGGCAAAUCUCAUUCCAGGGCUGUGCGAGGAUAACAAGAUCAACUGGUGGAGUGCUGCAUAUCAUCUGAUCAAGAGCAGCACAGCAAAAGACGCCGCAGCCAGUGUGGCCGAUCAGCGUCAGCUUCUGCAGCACGGAUUGCAAGCGAUCCGCAGUACUGGGAUACCUCUCUGUGAUGCGAUUGUGUUGCUCAAGCUGGGUCAGGUGCUCGCUAAACGGGCGUCCGAGUCGGUGACGGUGGUGCCCGAAGAACGCCGCUACUGCGAGAGUCGUGCCGAGGCGGUCUACCGGGCCGGUGUACUGCUGUGGAAAAUGCAUAAUGAGUCGACUUACACAGGCGGUAUAGAAUCGUCUGGUUUGGUGACGAGUGGUUACGGGUCCGAAGUGUUGUUCAAGUAUGGCAUCAAGCCGUACGAUUGUCAACAGGAAGCGGUUAAACUAGCCGAAUCUGCCAUCACGUUCCUAGCGGGUGUUUACUUUAAGCACGGCCGCCAUGAACAGUUCACGCUAGAUUUUGGAGGCAUCCCGCUGCCCUUCGCGGCCUAUUUUCGAGCCGAGGCAUUCAAGAAGCUGGACGAAUCGGCCAAAACACCCCUCAAAGCGAAAAAGUUCUAUUCCGAGCGGGCCCGCGAAUGUAUCCGACAGACGCAGCGCUACCUGGUGCUGCCGUAUAUCGAAUCGAAUCAUCCUCUUAACUAUGUGGUCCAGAGUGAAAUAAAGCGUCUCUCGUUUGCGAACGAUUCGUUUGAUGGGACGCUCAACACAUCGGCCAAUGGCGGAGCGUGCGCUAGCGCCGAUGAUAGUGAUCAUUUCCAGUCUUUCACGUCAUCGAUGACGAAUGCGGCACACGUGAGCGGUGGCAUCGGUGGUACUGUUUCUAUGGCGCGCAUGUCAGACCGCGAAACGGCCACGGCCGCAGCAACGGCUGCCGCUUCCGUAUGUUUGGCGAAAACGAACGAUCUUGAGGGACUCAUCCGGCAGAUGAUGGAGACGCUCACCUUCGUGAAAGAGGACGUUUUGGGGAUCCGAAACGACGUCGGAGACAUGCAAGAUCGUUUGGUGAAGAUCGAGGAAAACAUUUUCCGCAAGUCGACAGAGCCGAAGCCGCGAAGUUCGGGAACCGUUGGCGGUAGUGCCGCUGGCCCAGCAGUGAACGAUCCCGCGUCAGUAUCAACGGCUGCCGCAGCGGCCGCCAUGCAGGCCAUGAAUGAUAUCUAUAUGCUGGAUGAUCUGCAAAGUUCUGCACUGGCCUACCAGCAAGCUGCCAUCGCUGCGGCAGCUGCCGCACGUGCGCCCGUCAUGGGAGGUGUAGGAAUGGCAGCACCACAACAGGCCACAGGGGCCAUACCUUAUCACGCACUGUAUCCCAUCACGCAACACCAGCAAAUGCUAACGACGCGCGGACAUCCGACAGGACCAAUGGGUGCUUCGCCCAUGCACACCGGCUAUCCACACCAUGCGGACAAUUUGCUAGUGUCGGCGGCUGGAUCGCCUGCCGCCGGUGUGUAUCACCAUCCGGCAUUCCAACCAGCAGUUCCGCCACCGGCGCAACCCCAAGCGGACGCGGUUCCUACAAUGCAUACUGGUGGAAAUUUGCACCAAAUUUCAACACCAACGCCUACGAUCGCGAAACCAGCAGGAAUCGCCGGAAACCUUUCCAUUGAACAAUCGCUGCAAACGCCUACCCUUUUGAGCAGCUGGAACAGCACGUACAACAAUUCAUUCAAUAUGCCCUCAGUGGCAACGCCUACAGUUGUCGGCAGCAUGCCGUCGCACUUAUCCAACACAACGGAUGCCAAAGGAGGUGCCCCGGUGAACGUGGUCAUUACGAGCUCGGAUCCACUUCCGCCUCAACCGAAUGUGAACAGUUCCACUUUUGCCAGCGGGCUCGGUGUCCAACCAACUUAUAGUGUGACAAUUCCACCGCAGCACAUCAAACACAGCACAACGGGUGCCAGCAUUGGCCAAGGUACAGGUGGGCUAACAAGCACGUCUAAACUGGAGACGAUAUCUCCCGCUACCGCAAACACUAAGUUCCCGAUGCAAUCGAACGUGCCUGCCGGGAUGGGUGUCAAACCGCAAAUAUCAACCCCAGUACCAGUGGUUCCUGCUGCCUUGACGCCUUCCUUCUUUGCUAACGUGGUGUCACCGGCAAAAGAAGCUGGCGAUGCGAAUCACGUGGAACACGACGACGAUGAUGACAAUAGUAGGAACGUGUCGGGAGGUGCAGAAUACGAUCCGCGUCCUGAUUUCCAGCCAAUCAUACCGCUACCAGACGAGAUAGAGGUGCGCACCGGUGAAGAGGAUGAGGAGCAAAUCUUUACCGGCCGGUCGAAGCUGUUGCGUCUGGUAGAUCGCGAAUGGAAGGAGCGUGGGCUUGGUGAGCUUAAGAUACUGCGGUCGAAAGCGGACCUGAGCAAGUACCGGAUCGUAAUGCGACGAGAACAGGUGCAUAAGAUCUGUGCCAACCAUUACAUCACACCAGAGUUGAUCAUCAAACCGAUGGAGAAGCUAAAGCAGUGCUACAUCUGGGCGGCGGUGGACUUUGCUGAUGAGGAACCGCGCAAGGAGUCGUUUUGUGCGCGCUUCGGCACCGCUAGUCUGGCGGACGAGUUUUACCACGCGUUCGUAAAAGCCCGGGAUGAAGUGGCUCGACUACGCGCUAGUGAUGGGUCAGGCAACGCACAACAGACACCAACCGGUCCACCACCUAUAACGACAGGCAGCUUCUCAUUUAGCAGUACACCGAAAACGACAGCGACGAUCACGCCAGCCCAGCCGCAGGGAGGCGCGAAACCGUUUGGUGAGUUUACAUUCGCCAAAAACUAUACGCCACCGUCGGUCGGCACGAAAGCGAAUGCAACUCCGAAAGCCACGGACGCAGCUGCUGCAAACAGUAAACCGAGUCCGUUCGCGUCCUUCGCCUUUAAAGCUCAACAGCAAGGUGGAUCGGCCGCACCAUUUGGCAACAUUUUCGGAGGACUUGCCCUCGGUGGUCCACCGGCGCUCGGAUUCGACGAGAAGGACUUCAAGUGCAUCCACGAGGCGAUCAUUACAAGUCUGAAGCAUAAAGAUCAACACGGCACCGCGUGGACGGAUGACGGAGUGGUCAACGGUCGGUUACGUCUGUUAACAUCUGCGACCGCUGUGCGGCUGUUGUUGCGUCGUGAAUGCGAUACAAAUUCCGCCGUGUGUCUCAGCCACGUGCUGGACAAAGACACUCGUAUGAAACCAACCGAAAAGAAUGGGUGCAGUUGGAACGCUCAGCAAGAUGCCAUCGUUACCGGAAGUGGAUCGAUGAAUUGUAUGGCCUACUUUAAAACCUCAGACGACCGCGAUCGGUUUGUGGCAGCUGUUCAAAAAGUGUUGGGUUCCGGUGAAUCCGCUGUUCCUACAAAGGCGGCCGCCGAUGGUUUCGGCGAUCUCUUUAAACCAAAAACGGGAAGCUGGGAUUGCCAGGCGUGCUAUUUGAACAAUAAAACGGAUGAUAUCCUAUGCCGCGCAUGCAACGAACCACGUGAUCCUUCGAAGAAGGAUGACACAGCUGGCAAGCCAAACCAAGCAUCUGGGGGACUAUUCGGUAGUCUUGCUCCGCCCGCGGAAGGCAGUAAUAAGUUCACCUUCGGUAUGCCUUCUUCGAGUGGUUCGGCUGCGCCUAUUACCUUCGGGAGUGGUACUAGCGCUGCCACCUCUAAAAAACCUCAAGAACCUCCAAAAGUUACAUCAACUCCGGCUAAAAGCACCGGAACAACCGUUGGAUUUGGUGACCAAUUCAAACCCAAACCAGGGUCUUGGACCUGCAACGGAUGUUAUCUGCCGAAUGGAGCUGACUCUUUGUUCUGCAUGAGCUGCGAAAGCCCGAAAGACGAUACGGUUCCAAAGAAAUCCGCUAGCACGGACAGUGCAGUGUCUGGCUUGUUAAAAGUUGCCGACACUGCGCCCAAAUUUAAUUUUGCUGCCGGUGGUGGGUUCACAUUUGGUAUGCCAUCAUCGGCAUCGGUUGCUCCAGCGGCCUCGGCGGUAACACCGACGGUUACUAGUACCGCAUCGCAGCAACAACCAGCUUUUGGGGGUGGAUUCACGUUCGACAGCUCGGUGAAACCGCUUCUUUCGACAACUGAUAAACCGAAGUCGACAGCCGUAACGCCAGAGAAACCCGUUUUCAAAUUCGAAUUACCCACACCCGCAGGAGGACUCUCAUUUGGUUCGAAAUUGACGUCUAGCGUUCCGGCGGGUACGGGUAACGGAGCGAACAAUCUUCAAACUGCCGGGUCGCCUGCACUUAACAGGCUGGAUCCUCCGGAAAAAGCGACUUUCGGAUUCGUUUUCAAGCCUAAAUCGCCCGGCCGUACCCUCAGUGGGGAUGGUGGGGACGCGGCCGAAGGCGAUGAUGGUGCUGCAGACGAAAGCAGCGUGAUGGAGGAAGAAAAUAAUACGUACUUUGCGCCCGUUAUUCCGCUGCCGGACAAGGUUGAUGUAAAAACCGGCGAAGAGGACGAAGACGUGCUGUACGUUCACCGAGCCAAGCUGUAUCGGUUCAUCAGCUCAGAAUGGAAGGAACGCGGCAUUGGUGAUGUGAAGAUAUUGAAGCACAAGGCCUCAGGCCAACUGAGGGUGGUGAUGCGCCGUGAGCAGGUCCUAAAAAUUUGCCUUAACCACGUUCUUACCGAGGACAUUUGCUAUACGAAAAAGGAUGACAAAUCGUGGCAGUUCGUGGCAAACGACUUUUCCGAAGGCAAUUUUGAGAUCAUGAACUUUAGUCUUCGCUUCAAAUCGUCCGACAUAGCGCAGGAGUUCCGUGAUGCGAUCGCGGCAGCAUUGAGUGGAAAGCUUUCAGCAACAAAGCCCUCGGAGGGCUCUGGUGCUUUCACGCAUGAUAGCACGGUAACGUCCACCACCUCACCGAUUGGAGACCUAAACUUCUCCAAAUUGAGUGACAUUUCGCUAAACGAUCGUGAAAUGGCACAACAGCUGAAGCUGCCGGAAAACUUUUUUGAGGUUCCGGCCAACCCAUGCCCAGGUUGUCGAGGUUGCGAUUCAGAUACCUUCGUGUUUCCGGUCGUCGACGUAAAGCAGCUCAUUGUAAAUGACACUAUCGAAGGUGAUGAUGCACCGUUGCCACUCAACCUUAAGAAUGUGAAACCGCUGCCACCGGUGGUCGCUAAUAAUUUCGCUCCGGCAAAACUAUCGUUCGGUACAGCAACUGGUGGCAUAUCGUCACCGUUUUCGUUUGGACCUGCUGCUAAUGCUGCUACCUCAUCUAGUGGGCCAAUGCAUACAACUAUAACUUCAGGGGGUGGGUUAAUUUCGGGACUCUCAAUGGGUGCACCUUUGAGUGUUGGAGGAACUGCUGCCAGUACAACUGCCAGCUUUCUUUCGACGGAACAAAAGUCAUCCUUGUCGUCGUUCACACCAGCAGCAAGCUCGAUAUUUGGUGGAUUACAAACUUCGUCCGUACCGGAACAAACGGCCGGCACAAUUGGUGCCAGCAAUAAGUUUAAUUUUGGAAGUUCUGCCGGGAUCGGGUCCGCAUCUACUGUUGGUUCCAUAUUUUCCGCCUCGCUCAACACCACACCGAAAAACUCAUUUAUUUCACCACCCGCUGGUGUUGUUUCGGUCAUUUCCGGUGAGACCGACAGCAAGAAAGAACAACAAUCGGGAGGCGGGAGUGCUAAACCUAUCACUAGCAGCCCGUUGUUGCAGCCAUCCUCUUUAUCCGCAGCUAAACCAGUCGAAGGAGGAAAUCUGUUCAGUUCGGUGAGUUUUGGUAGUGGUGGGUUCAGCGCCCCUGCUACUGUUGGAAAUCCGGCCACAAAUAUAUUCGGUGGCACUGCUGGAUUGUUCAGUGCUGCCUCAAGCGCCACAACAACGGUUCCGAGUAGUACACCAUCGUCCGGUAGUAAUGCAACCCUGUUUGGCAGCGUCGCUGGCGGCGAUACAAUAAAGUCGCCACUGAGUUUCGGUGCCUUGGGCGAUGGCUUUACUUUCGGCAGCCUGGCGAAACAAACUCAGUUGGCGGCGAUGAAAUCAGACGCUGCUAGCGCAAAGAACAACGUCGAUGCGCCAUCGGUGUUCAAUAUGGCCGAAAAUAUAAGCUUCGCCACCAUCGCCAGCAGCAAUAGUCCGGAUUUCAGCAACAUUAUGAAGAAACCCGUAGAAGGUCAGGAUAAAUCAUCCGGUGGUUACGUCGGGCUGGUCGUGAAGGAAGACUUCUUUUCGCGCUCAGCAUCGGGGAAAUUGAACAACAAUACAGGUGGUGCCAUCAGUGCGGAUAAAAACAACGGUAAUGAGGAAGAUGGCGGUGGUGCCGGUGUGGGGACGGAUGAAAAUUACGACCCGUACUACGCUCCCGUCAUUCAACUGCCUGAUGAAAUAGAGGUACGCACGGGCGAGGAAGAGGAAUCGAAAAUGUUUGGCGAGCGAGCAAAGUUGUAUCGUUUCGAUACCGAUACGAAAGAGUGGAAGGAACGAGGUGUCGGCGAGUUGAAGAUACUGCACCAUCCGGUGCGAAACACCUACCGAUUCCUGCUGCGCCGUGAGCAAAUCCACAAGCUCGUGCUGAAUCAAGCCAUCACGGUUGACAUGUCCAUCACGCCACUGAAUGGCUCGGAAAAAGCGUUCACGUGGGCCGGAAUGAACCAUGCCGAGGCACCCGGUCAGCUGGAGUCUCUGGCUACCCGAUUCAAAAACGAAGCUAUCGCGUCCGAAUUCCGCACCGUAGUGGAGAAUUGCCAAGAGAAUCUGCGCUCGCGACCGGAUCUGGAACCGGAUCAGGAUUAAUAUUAGUUGAUAUGUAAUUGAUAUGCUUUUUUGUGUAAGUUGGUUACGUUUUAUUUUUGAUACACUUGGUCACUCCUACAUGAUCAACUCCAACGCGUAGGUGUAUUGUUUUUCAACUCCUUACUAGUACUCUUUGUUAUCUUGGUACAUACGUGAGUGCGUUGGUAGAACCUGUGUCGAAAUAGUGUUAGAGGAUAUUAUGAAGCGAGGAACAGAAAAUAAAUAAAGCCUAUAUCAUUUAUAUUUUAUUACUACGAUGGUUGCGAGCGCUGCAUGUU